AUGGGCGUCAUGUGCACGAUCGUGGCCGCCGUGCUCUGCAGUACGCUGCUGUUGGUGUCGGUCGUCUUCAUUGGCGCAAGCUCUCGACUUGAGACGGAGUCCCGGUUCAACGUCCCGGAGGUGGGUAAAGGAGAGCCGGACGAUGCGGCCGGUCUCUGGGAGUUGGUGUCGGCGGCAACCGUUGCACCGGCGGCCUUGCGGAUCGACGACCAGAAGGAAGAGGUGUCGUUUGAAGCGGAUCCACUCGAGGAUGAUCUCGAUGGAGCGGACAGUCACGUGGUGGUGCAGGUUUACUCCGUCGACUCGGAGCAGGAGCUGGCCAACCGCUCGUCCGGUACGCCGGUACGUACGAUGAAGAUGCCGAAGCUGGUAACACCGAAACCAGAGCCACUGAACGGGAAGGCAACGGAUCGAGUCGAGCGAAAAGUUUUCGCACCGGUAAAGAGCAUUCAGGAGCAGCUGGACAAGCUAGAAUCGGGGGAACGUCGCCCAAUGAGGAAGGAGCCGGUGCUACGGGAGCAGUUCUACAUCGACGAUAGCUCGCGACAGGUGGAGUCCGGCCGUGGACCGUCGGCGAAGAACCCGGGCGAAGCGGAAGAAGUCAGCGUUCCCCGGAAGCAGUCUCCACCGAGGCAGGAGAAACAGUACGCCGUUUCUUCGCGCAUGGAGUACAGCGACCAGACGAGCCAACGAAUGUUGGACGAGUUUUUCGCCCAGCGAAACCAGGACGCACUGGCAUCGAGGCGAUCGAACUACGACUGGGACGAGGGUUUGCUUCGUUCCCGGAAGCUGGAAGAGAUCAAAAACCGCCAUCGCGCGGUGCCGAGUCCGAGGAAGAAGACCCAUCUCAAUCAUCCCGUCGGUCCGGAGUGGGAAGACGAUCGGAGCUACGAUCAGUAUGCCGAUUACGGGACGGCCACGGAACAGCUCCAGAGUGCGGCUCCGGGCCGAAGAAUGGUCGAGGGAGACGAUGGCCAGCGCUCGUUUCGUCCCCAGGCCCUAACAUUCCUGACGCCCGAGGACGAGCGCCGCAGUUACGGAUUGCCACGUCUUGGGCGCAAGCAGCGAGCGACCCCACCGCAGCAAACGCACGUUCUGAACACCAUGCCGAUCGUGGCGAUCGAUGGCGAUGGCUCUCCGCAGGCUUCGGGAAGUCCGGGCGAUAAGUCGCAGCGCCAGUCGUCGCCGUUGGAGCGAUCCCGUUUCCACUACUCGCUGCCGUCGAUGGUGUUCAAUCCGUACGCUUGGGACCCGUACCACUUCAACAUGCUCCGGUUUCCGCAGUGCGCCGCCUGUCAGCAGAAUGCCCGGGCACUCUGCACCAAGUGUGGCAUGUGUGGCGACUGCUGUGCGCACAGCAAGUGCACCUGUGGCUGCCUGAACGGGCUAGUGACGGCCUAG